AUGCUUGCUUCUCUUCUGCGCCCAAAGAAACGGAGAACAUAUGCCGAUCGUUCUCCGUUCUCAUCGCCUUAUACUACUCGAGACUCACCAUGGCCGUUCUUCGACAACGCCCCGCACGGUGGGCUGGAACAGGAUCAUGGAGAGUUCGACGAAACUAAUGGCUUCGACGAAGUAAAUGGUCGCGCACGGGGCUUUCAUCAAGACGGAGAAGAAGUGGAAGAUACUCCUAUUGAAAGCAGUCCCCUUCUUCCUAUCUUCUCUGCCUCUCACCUCGAUACUCUUCCGGUUUAUGAUAUUACGCAUGCUAUCCGCCCAUUGAUUGUCUCGCGCUGCGAAACUACGUUGACUUGGGAUCAACUGCGAUCGCCUCAAAUUUCCCAAUUUCUUGUGAAGCCCAUUCAGCAAAAGAUACGAGGGGUACACUUUUCCCGAGCUACCUUAUAUGCAUUGAUGACCAAUUGCUUGCAAUUCACGAAAGAAGUUCAUUCGAAUCCCGGCAAUAGUGGUGUAAGUCAGACCAGGGCUAUGGUGAGCGAGCUUCUUGCUAUCAAGUUGCUGAGGGAGUACACAACAAGAGAGUUGAUUGAUGCGUUGUCAUAUGAAUUCUACCCGCUCAAUGGCCAGGCGGCGACUGAACGUGGCCCAGGGUGGUACUCGGUGCAGGGUAAUAAGCGACCAGGCAUCGCUCGCAUAUCCUGCCUCGAAAUAGCCAUUAGAGCUCAAGCUAAACGAUUUCUAUCGCAUCCUCUUGUUGUACAACAGCUAGAGGCCAUCUGGGCUGGUACGAUAGUAUUCCAUUCAGCUGCCGAUAGUCUCCAUCGCUCGCUGGCGCGGCCGCGUCAGAAUGGAGGAAUAAAUUAUGGAUCGACACCCAACCUGGCACCAGCUCGUCAGCAGACACAGUCCGGAAUAUCUGGUCUGCGCCGUUCAGUGACCAUCUAUGAUCCGAGGGAUGCGUCCUUGUUCAAGCUGUCCAGGCUGCGGGUGCCUCGGUAUCGUCAAUUCUUAUCGACGCUGUCGUUCGCGAUUUUGCUAGUUUUGUUUCUGGCUGUUUCACAACAACGUCAUCUUGAAAUUACUUCACUCGAGAUUGUUUUCUGGCUAUGGAGUGCUGGCUUCAUGCUUGACGAAAUCGUCGGUUUUAACGAGCAAGGCUUCAGUCUGUACCUCAUGAGCUUUUGGAACCUGUUUGACCUCGGCAUUCUGUUCCUUCUCUUCUGCUAUUACUGCAUGCGGCUCUACGGCGCUGUCAUGCCAUACACGCGCAACAAAUACAUUGCUGAUCAAGCAUAUGAUAUUCUGGCUGCCAACGCUGUUUUGUUAUUCCCACGUCUGUUUUCGAUCCUCGACCAUUAUCGGUACUUCUCUCAAUUGCUCAUCGCGUUUCGUAUCAUGGCGUCGGAUCUGAUCGCAGUGUUUCUACUGAUUAUUAUCGCUUGUAGCGGAUUCUUUGUUGCAUUCACCUUGUCUUUCGGCAAUGGUGAGGAUCACUCACCCGGGGCCGUGGCUUAUGCCUUAUUUCAAAUGCUGAUGGGGUUCACCCCGACUGCGUGGGCGCUUUGGAAUGACUAUAAUGCACUAGGAAAAGUCAUAUUGACUAUCUUCUUAUUCAUUUGUCAUUUCGUGGUUGUGACCAUCCUGAUUACGGUACUCACAAACUCCUUCAUGGGAAUUGUGCAAAACGCCAAUCAAGAGCACCAAUUCCUGUUUGCCGUUAACACCAUCUCUAUGGUGAAGUCAGACGCACUUUUUUCUUAUGUCGCGCCAACGAAUAUACUGGCGUGGCUGAUUGCCCCGUUACGUUAUUUCAUGUCUUUCAGACAAUUCGUUCGUGUCAAUCGCACGAUUAUCAAAGUUACCCACUUGCCUAUCUUGUUCUCGAUCUGCCUCUAUGAAAAGACGAUCCUGAGCUUUCAAGUUAUCGAUUCCAUCGACCUCAUUGAUCCUUCUGCUCGUACCAAUAGCGCAGAUCGAUUUCGACCCCGUCGCAACCGAUUCAGGGCUUUCACCUCUCAAGGAAAUCGACUUGUCCGAGAACCCUCCGUGGCUACAUACCAGAAAGACCGAGCCUUGGAUGCUGUGUUUAGACAACCAUACCAGGAUGAGCCGGGUAGAGGGCCUAGAAAGCUUCACCCUCGCGAAAACGACUUGGUUGUCAAUAAUUGGAUGCAGACUAUGGGUUCAGGACCGGCUAAUCCUCCCGAUGAGCAAGAUUCAGAUGAAGUGGACCGUCUAGAGAGAAUGCCAAGGAAACGAUCGGGGUAUCAGCAAUGGUUGACACGAAGCUUACGUGACUUUACAGAGUCAAACCGGUCGGCUACCUCGAAUCCUGAGGAUUCUGCCCAUCAUGUAGCAUCGUCGCCAGCCACACCUCGUCCUGGGAGAGGCUUCCUGACUCCUGCGAGAACCAGACAGCUUUCAAGACAAACGGGCAUGGAGGGCGAUGACGAGCUUACGAGUGAUGACAAUGGCGAGUGGACGGAAGAACGGCAAGACCGGCAAGACCAGCGAUUGAAGUCGAAGAAUUCUGAGGAAAGCACCCUGAUGAACGCGGACGAAAGCUCUCAUACUACACAGCCAAAAUAUUUCAGUUCUCGGCCCUCGACGGCGCGACUUAAGUCUCGCAAAAACAGCCCUGCUCGGCGCAUUAAGUAUCAUACACGGAACUACUCGGGUGCGACGAUGUUGUAUAACCCCAUCUCAAAGAGAAGUGAGCAUGAAGAUACGGAUACGUCGCCAAAUCCUGUAAGACCAAGGGCCCAGACCCCAGACCGUGCAAGUAGCAUCAUUGGUCCCCCUUCAAGGGGACCCUGGGCUCUACGACGACACAGUACGGACGGAGGCCGGUCUCGAACCACGACAUUGCAUAGGUCUGAUCCCAUGUCUGUUCCUGAUAUGAAUGGAUUUUCAGCACCAGACUCUCACUCCAGAGGGCGUCGUCAGCCAUCUAUAUUGGACGGUCUAGGCUCCGACCUGGGAGAUAAUAAAGCAAUCGCAAAUGGUUUUCUAGGAGGAGCUCCUUCAAGCAUGACCACCCAAAUGGCGUACGCAACGGGCAACAUCAGGCGCCCUGACAGUCCGAACAGUAAUCAGGAUAUGCUCAGCAAACUUGUUUUGGCUCGGAUGAAUAACAUAGAAGAAGGUUUCCGCGAGGUGAUCAAGGAAGUCAAAGAUCUCCGUCGUGGUGGUGCGAGUCGCAGCCAAAGCCGACCUGAAGAGCAAGGCAUCACUCAGCGAGAGAAGAAGAAAAGACGGCUGGGCGACAAGAAAGAGGCAAAAAAGAAUGGCCCAGGCUCCCGCAGAAGCAAGACUAGCAGCGAAGGCCAAUAUUCUGACGAGUCAGACACUCGAUUGCGCGAGAAUAAGGCCGAUUCGCCGGAUGAGUAA